AUGGAUAAUCACCUAAAGAGGAAUCUAACUUUUCUUACCAUUGGACUGAUAUUUAUGCUGAGCGGCAUUGAGUAUGCCGUCAUUCUGCCUACGAUAUGGAGGUAUCUCCAGAUUUUGGAGGCCCCUCCUUACUUCCUGGGUCUGGGUCUGUCUGCCUUCAGUCUGACCGGGCUGCUCACAGGCCCGCUUUUUGGGUUCUGGUCAGACCGGAGCAAAAGUACAAAGUCCAUCAUCCUGUUCUCCAAUCUUUUUGAGAUUGCCGGGAACUUCAUGUAUUUUAUUGGAUAUUCAAAGUGGCUGUUGUUAUGCAGUCGGCUUGUAGCAGGUGUUGGUGCAGGAGCAGGCUCCUCCAUCUUUGGUUUCCUGACUCGGAGCACCCGGCCAGAGGAACGUGCUGGUAUCUUUGCAGCCAUCAUGGCCUGCCGACAAGCUGGCCUCCUUGUCGGGCCGGCGUUCAACUUGUUCCUGCGGCUGUGUGAUUUCAAACUGGGGCCCUUUGUUGUGAACAAAUAUACAUCUCCUGGGAUCUUCAUGUGUCUGCUGUGGGUGCUGGUCCAGUUUGUUGUCCUGGCCAUGUACUGGGAUGUACCACCCAUCAGCUCAGAGGGGGGAGCCGUGAUGGUGGAGAUGAAACAAGAGGAGAAUAAUGAGGAGGAGGUGCCGCUGGUGGGGUCCGACGAGGAGCCAGUGCACACCUACAGAGCUGUCAACUCCGACCAGUUGGAGACCUCCACCUCAUCUGAGAUGCAGCCCGUCCACGGUGCCUCAGCGGUCUCAGACCCCUUCAAGAACUUCAGCGCCAGCAGAGAGUUCCUGAGAGAGGAGGUGGUUGUUCUCCUCACGGCUCAGUUCAUCACUCUCUUCAAUCAGACAGCGCUGGAGACCAUGGUGACUCCUCUGACGCAGCGCUACUUUAGCUUUGGUGAGCUGGCCAACAGCCUGAUGUACAGUCUGUGCGGGGUGGAGGUCAUCCUGGGCUUCUUCUUUGUACGCUGGCUGAGCAGGAAGGUGGAGGACCGCGUAGUGCUGGCCGUGGGCCUGGUCAUUUGCUGCGCCGCCUGUAUCUGGUGCCUGAUCUUCCUCUGCAACCCCCGAGGUGGUUAUGGAUGGGAGCUGUCUGCCUUCAUCAUCGGAGUGUUUCUGCAGCUGCUGGGGCUUCCCUUCGUGGCUGUGUCUCAGGUGUCUCUCUUCUCCAAAGUCACUGCAGAGAAAACACAAGGAUUCAGCCAAGGUGUCAGGCGCUCAGUUGGGGGCCUGGCCACCAUCUUGGGUCCCUUGUGGGCAGGAGGAUUGACCAAUAACCUGUACAUAAUGCUGGGCAUGAUGCUAGCUCUCCUCAUAAUGAUCACAGUUAUGACAGUGCUGUCAUACGGCCGCCUGAUUGAGCCCACGCCAGUGCAGUGUGCCCAGAGCUCUGACAGCGGAGGAUAG